CACUAUUGGUCAUUCUUCAAUUGGUGAUUCUUCUUUUGUUGUUUUCAAUAUUAAUAAUAUUAGACCAGUUAUACAUUUCAUUAUCCAGCUGUUUGUUGAGUUUCCCUGCCUGUCAAAUCAAACAAUUGAUGUUCAUUAAUCGUAAUUUUUUAAAUGACAACCAGGAUAGAAGCAUCACCUCUACCAUCCCAGUUUGGUUCAGAUGAGGAUAAAGCCAUGUUCCAAUCAUUAAGUGCUGAAAUGCCUUUUCCGAUCCGCUUUAUUGCAACAAAUAUUUGGUUGUUUUCUCCCCUUCUAAGUUGGUUUAUGUCUCGGAAUCCUCACACAGAUUGCACAAUACGUACAACGACGGCUGUCACGAUGUUUAAUGGAGGAAUUAAGUGUCUAUUACAAUCCCCUACUCUGUCAGUGGCAGAUCCAGGAAUUCAAAAUUGAGGGGACCACUUCUAGAUGGCGGGAAAUUGCAAAAGAUACUGA